AUGGCGGCCGCCGGACGCGCCGCUGUCCGGCUCCGGCUGUGGGGCUUGGCGUACCUGCUCCUCUUCUCCUCCUCGCUCUCCUCCUCGCCCGCGCUGGGCGACAAGCGGAACGGACCCUUCCGGAUGCGGGAGAACCUCUGGGCCACAGGGCAUUUUAUGGGAAAGAAAAGCAUGCCAGGCUCUUCUCGCUUACCGUCUGCAUCCUUGGAAAGAUCCGAGCCAAACAACACCCCCAAGGCGUUCCAUCCAGUGCUCACGGAUGUCUUGGAGAACAUGAAGGACCUGCUGACGAGGGAGCUCCUUAAAAUCCUCCUGCAAGAGAGGAUACUGGAGGAGAACCGAGGGAAACGUGAUCUCAAGGACCAGCACUCUUAA